AUAGAUAUUGAGUAGUAUAGUAUAGAGUUUGUAAAUAACACCCCCCUGUAUCCGUCUCAUCAUCGUCUCAAAUUUCCCCAAUCGAAACGAAUCCGUACAGCCAGCUCAUCAUCACCGGCGGCGAUGCACGAAACUGAUAUUCACGAUUUGUCUGAUGACGCCGAUUACGCCGCCGCCUCUAAACAAGGCUCGUCAAGCAUGACCCGUAGUGACAGUAGCAAGCGAAGCUCUUCUAGUGAUGCAGAAGAUGCAGAAAUAGUAUAUCUGAAGGACAAUGUGACGAUUCAUCCAACUCAAUAUGCUACAGAGAGGAUCAGUGGUCGUUUGAAGUUGAUUAAGCAAGGCUCUUCACUAUCAAUGACGUGGAUACCUUACAAAGGCCAAAGCUCAAAUGCGAGACUGUCUGAGAGAGACAAAAAUUUGUACACCAUAAGAGCAGUACCGUUUUCUGAUAUACAGUCUAUUCGUCGGCAUACACCAACAAUUGGGUGGCAGUACAUUAUUGUUGUUCUAUCAUCUGGUCUAGCAUACCCUCCGCUUUACUUCUAUAGUGGAGGAGUACGAGAGUUUCUUGCUACAAUUAAACAACAUGUCCUUAUUGUCAGGUCUUCAGAAGAUGCAAACGUGUUUCUUGUAAAUAACUUUCAAGAUCCUCUUCAGAGAACUUUGUCUUCAUUGGAGCUUCCAAGAUCUCUUGCGAACGGGACACGCUCAUCUUCAUAUGCAGGAUCACCCUCUGCCGGUCAUUCCGAGGGACUUGAUAAGGAUACAAUAGAAGAAGAUCGUUCAAGUAGUAUACAACAAAACAACAGGCAGAGGCAAAAAAGUCAUGAUCCUGCUCGAGAUAUUUCAAUUCAAGUUUUAGAGAAAUUCUCGCUUGUGACGAGAUUUGCUCGAGAGACAACUUCCCAGCUCUUUCGUGAGAGCCUUGUUGAUGGUCAUGGCCCUGGCCCUACUGAGAAGAGGAGGACUAACUGGGCUUCCAAAGAUCACCAUCCGCUAGAAAUGGCCUCUAUUGAUGAGGAGAUUGUGAAGAAAGUGCCUGUACCCUCUGACCCGCUGGAGUUUGAUAAGCUAUCACUCGUAUGGGGACAACCACGACAGCAUCCUUUAGGGCUUCAAGAGUGGUCAACAUUUUUGGAUUCCGAAGGCCGAGUUGUGGAUCCAAGUGCUUUGAAGAAGAGAAUAUUCUAUGGGGGAUUGGAGCACAACUUGCGGAAAGAGGUUUGGGCAUUUUUAUUGGGAUAUUAUUCAUAUGAUUCUACAUAUGCAGAGAGGCAGUAUACCGUGUCAGUGAAGAAGUCAGAGUAUGAGACCAUCAAAAACCAAUGGCAGAGCAUUUCUCCAGAACAGGCAAAAAGGUUUACGAAGUUCAGAGAAAGGAAGGGCCUCAUUGAGAAAGAUGUGGUAAGGACUGACAGAUCUAUGUCAUUCUAUGAGGGUGAUGACAAUCCAAAUGUACGCCUUAUGCAUGACAUAUUGUUGAGUUACUCGUUCUACAACUUUGAUCUUGGUUACUGUCAGGGCAUGAGUGAUCUCCUCUCCCCAAUAUUGUUCAUCAUGAAAGACGAAUCAGAAGCAUUUUGGUGUUUUGUUAAUCUGUUGGAACGUUUGGGGCCAAAUUUCAACCGUGAUCAGAAUGGCAUGCACGCCCAACUUUUUGCUUUGUCGAAGUUGGUGGAAUUGCUGGACAGUCCAUUGCACAGUUACUUCAAGCAGAAUGAUUGCCUGAACUAUUUUUUCUGUUUCCGCUGGAUUCUUAUUCAAUUUAAAAGGGAGUUCGAAUAUGAGCAAACAUUGAGGUUAUGGGAGGUUCUAUGGACUCACUAUCUCAGUGAGCAUCUCCAUCUUUACGUAUGCAUCGCCAUCCUCAAAAGACAUCGGGCCAAAAUUAUGGGGGAGCAGAUGGACUUUGACACCCUCCUGAAAUUCAUCAACGAGUUAAGUGGUCAAAUCGACCUUGAUCCCAUUCUUCGUGAUGCAGAGGCUUUGUGUGUUUGUGCAGGUGAGAAUGGGGCUGCCUCAAUUCCCCCAGGAACCCCACCUUCAUUACCUAUCCAAGAUGCCUCCAUCUAUCAGCAGCAAGAUGAUGAGGUGCUGUAAAAAUACACUCUGAAAAAAAUAAAACUCGUUGCUAAGUACAGUAUAAUGAUGUGUUAAGCAUUUGUUUUCUGCAUGUUAAUUCCUAUGUUUCUGAAAGAAAUUGUUUAGUAUUGUAAUUCGCAAAUACAAAACGUGACGUCUAUUCUUGAUA